AUGGAUACCACUCAAAGAGGGCCCUCUUACUACUUUACGGUCGAGGCUUUAACUGCCGUCCCCGGCGUAGCUGAGCGCAUCGACUCGCGAAAUCUCUGGCUUCCACCACGAAGACAAGGAAGCAAUCGCAAGAUCCCUGCUACUCAAGUGUUCUACCACGACGGUGCGCGCAUUUCUACACUGGCGCCUCGAGGCUUACUUGACAGGCUGGACGUUCACGAGACAAUCUCUGUCUACCAUGCGCGAGAUGUGCUAUGGACUGUCGACUACUACGCAAGCCUGCAGGACGUAGGAGAUGGCUCGCCAGGCCCGUCCGGUGAAACGCAGGACUGCAGCGAUGAUAGCUAUGAGGAAGCGGAUGACGAUGACGACGACGAUGACCAAAGGCCAUAUGAUGACUGGGAAGAACUGACAUUCGACCGUGCUGGCCAGCCUGGUCAUGUUAUGUCCAUUGCCGGACGUCGACUCCUAGAGACCAGACUUAUCACCCAGCGCGCUGGUCAAGACUGGGUACAGCACUUUAUUCCCGAUAGAUAUCAGUCUCGGACUGCUGCAAGUACGCAGACAGAAGGUGGUUUGGCAGGAGACUUGACAUUGCUGAUAGGACUUGUCGCUAUGCCAAUGGGUCCUGCGCAAUGGGCCACUUACGUUCCGCCGACCAUGGCCGCUCAAGGAAUAGCUGCAGGACAGUGGCAGGUCUCGCCCGCACAGGUGGACAACAUGCCCCGAGGUUCAAAUUGGAUCGACAGAAGAGGUAUCGUCGUUACCGUGUACAUGGAUCUCGAUGGUACAUCCUCCCAGGGCCUGCACGACUACGGUAGCGGAGCACUUGGUCCAAUUCUCGCAUAG